AUGAUCCCAUUGCUGUCCAUAGAAGAGAUAUCAACCAUUCUUACAUCAGUUGAUGUUGUAAUUGUUGGAAAUGGACCCGCUGCAAUAAUACUCUCCUACAUCCUGCACGGCCACGUUCCAUUUUACAACCCGCAGAAACCCCAUCCAGAUCCGUUACUCCAUGCGAAGCUGAAGCAAAAUCCUCAACUCCUUCACCUAGAUAUCGAGCAUUUGACAAGCCAUUUGGGAGCCUCCCGCUUUUCAUACUCUACUCAAGCACUUCCCAUUAACGUUCUUCUUGUUGCUCUAAUCCGGCCGAAUGGAGAUGACGAUGAAGGGACAGAAACAAGUCUCCAAUGGCGGUACAUGCCAGAAAUGGCUACAUCACACCUGGUUUUUGGAGAUGUAGAUCAACCUGGGGGACAAUGGACGGGCUGUCCAGAGGGCACAACUCCAGAUGUUCGGUCCCUAAGCUAUGCUGGAAUGCUCUCCCUACCAGGUUACAGCUUCUCUGAGCACCAUGAACAAGUCCAUGGCUGCCCUUUACCUCCCUUUACGAGGCCAUCAAGACAGGCUGUUGCGGAAUAUCUUGCGGCAUAUUCCAUAUCCGUAGGAAUAUCCGGGUCAAUUCGAUGCAAUGAGGAAAUCCAGGGCAUUGUUCGCACAGAGAAUGCUUUCUAUAUUGGAUCACAUAACAUCACCUGCAACAAACUCAUCCUCGCAUCUUAUUGCCAUGUCCUUUCCCCAGUGCUAUCACGUCCUGCACCUCUCCUGGUCGUCGGGUCCGGGUUUUCCGCAGCAGAUGUCAUAAUAUCAUCCCAUCCAAACCAAAAAUUACUGCACGUUUUCCAAUGGGAACCAGAUACCAAUCCAUCGCCUCUGAGAAGUUGCCAUCAGCAAGCUUACCCAGAGUACGCGGCUAUAUACAGACUCAUGAAACGAGAAUUUGGACGGUUGAAUCAGAAUGGCUCAUCUCGGUUCCCGAAACUUGCAGGUGGUACUUCCAUCCCGUUUCUCGAAGGCAGAAAUUUGGAAGACGAUUAUGAGGGCAUUCCGAACACGAUAAUCACAGAUGUUGUAUUGGAUUAUGAGACAGCACUGGUAACAUUCCGAUGCCAGGCUGGGAUCACCUUUUCUCGCAAAGUGAGUGGGUUGGCAUAUGUGGUUGGCCGACAGAGCACAUUGAGCUACCUCAGCAACAAUUUGCUAGCUGAAAUAUUCGGAAAGCAGUCACUAAAGGAAUGCGAACGAAUAUCGAGGAAAAGAAUGCGUGCACGGGCCUUGGAGGGUUUAGAGGUAACAAACAACGUAUUUAUCAUUGGCAGUUUAACUGGAGACUCGCUGAUCAGGUUCGCCUAUGGCGGCUGCAUCUAUGCCGCUGGAAGGCUCAUACAAACGGACUUGAACAUCCAGAUAGAAGAGGAAUAUCGCAAGAUUCCGGCCCGAAAACAGCCGAUAGCGAGCAGAGGAUUACUCAAAGUGGCAGAGGUGAACGUAACCCUAGAGUACUUAAUACAAAUGAAUCGGAACAGCCAAAACAUGUCGAACGUGAUUUGGCGGCAACUUGGGUUAACAGUUGGUGGGAUUCUAUGUUUUCAUUGA